GAAGAGAGCAAACGAAGAAUCUCUGAAAGCAAGCGUAAGGCUCAGGAGAAGGAAAUAAAGUUGAGGAAGGAGGCUGUGAUGGAGCUGAAGAAGAAUGUGCAGCUGUUGGUGCACAAUGGGAUGGAGAAGCACAUCAGCAACUUCGUCAACUCCAGCUCGUUUGACAACAUCGUAAACCUCUACCGUCUACCAACUGUUAUUCUCGCCUUCACGGACUGCAGAAAGAAGGUGAAGGCUGAAUAUCCCAAAGUGGAUAUUACAAAGAUCACCUUCAAUAAGCAAGAGGAAGGAGUGGAGGAGAAUGGUGAGAGCAUGUCAGUAGACUUCCAUCCUCAGAUUAAACUGAGGUGGGAUCGUGAUGCAGACGGACGCACUGUUUUCCCUCCAAAUUUCAACUUCGAGUUCGUUGUAGUGGAGGAAGAAGAGGCAGAGGUAGAGGAAGAUGAAGUGGGGGCAAGAGUGGAAGGAGCUGAAAUGGAUGAGAGUCAACCACCUAUGCAAGUGGAGAUUCAUCCAGUUCCUUCUGACGAUGAGCAGCCACCUCUUCCAGACGAGCAGCAGCCAACACAGCCACCUCUUUCAGCUGAGCAGCAGCCAAUUCAGCCACCUCCUCCAGCAGAGGAAUAAAGAAUUUUUGUUUUUUGAUUUUUCUUUGAUAUUUUGUUGUAAUAACAUUUGAACAAUUUGUUAUAAACUUGUUAUUUGAUUUGAAUGACAAUUUUGUUUUUGAGAUCAUGUUGUGAUGUUUGUUUUGCAUUUUGGUUAUUAUAUAUAAGAACUGAGAUUACUUCGGAUAUGUCUUGAGGGAAAAUAAAUCAUGUCAGAGAUG